GCAUGCCCCCACCUCCUCCCGCUCGGACUCUCGGUGCCGGCCCGGCUGCAGAAAAGCAAACUCAAGCUCCUGCCUCAUCGGGUGGAGCAGGAAGACUCGACCAAGUUCAUCGUGCUCACCCUGGUCUCCAUCGCCUGCAUCGUGGGCGUCCUCCUGGCCUCUGGCCUCAUCUACUGCCUCCGCCACAGCUCUCACUACAAGCUGAAGGAGAAGCUGUCCGGACUAGGGGGUGACCCAGCUGCAGAUGCCACCACCGCCUACCAGGAGCUGUGCCGCCAGCGCAUGGCCAUGCGGCCGCCCGACCGACCUGAGGGCCCACACACGUCGCGCAUCAGCAGCGUGUCCUCCCAGUUCAGCGAUGGCCCGAUGCCCAGCCCCUCUGCACGGAGCAGCACCUCGUCCUGGUCGGAGGAGCCCGUCCAACCCAACAUGGACAUCUCCACUGGCCACGUGAUCCUGGCCUACAUGGAGGAUCACCUGAAGAACAAGAACCGACUGGAGAAGGAGUGGGAAGCGCUGUGUGCCUACCAGGCGGAGCCCAACUGCUCGCUUGUGGCCCAGAGGGAGGAGAACAUGCCCAAGAACCGCUCUCUGUCCGUGCUGACCUAUGACCACUCCAGGAUCCUGCUGAAAUCAGAGAACAGCCACAGCAACUCAGACUAUAUCAACGCCAGCCCCAUCAUGGAUCAUGACCCGAGGAACCCUGCGUAUAUCGCCACCCAGGGACCACUUCCUGCGACUGUGGCUGACUUUUGGCAGAUGGUGUGGGAGAGCGGCUGUGUGGUCAUUGUCAUGCUGACACCUCUCACGGAGAACGGCGUCCGCCAGUGCUACCACUACUGGCCAGACGAAGGAUCCAACCUCUACCACGUCUAUGAGGUCAAUCUGGUCUCUGAACACAUCUGGUGUGAGGAUUUCCUGGUGAGGAGCUUCUAUCUGAAGAACCUUCAAACCAACGAGACUCGCACCGUGACCCAGUUCCACUUCCUGAGUUGGUAUGACCAGGGGGUCCCUUCCUCCACAAGGUCACUUCUGGAUUUCCGCAGAAAAGUAAACAAGUGCUACAGGGGCCGUUCUUGUCCAAUAAUUGUUCAUUGCAGUGACGGCGCGGGCCGGAGCGGCACCUACGUUCUGAUCGACAUGGUUCUCAACAAGAUGGCCAAAGGUGCUAAAGAGAUUGAUAUCGCAGCGACCCUGGAGCACUUGAGGGACCAGAGACCCAGCAUGGUCCAGACAAAGGAGCAGUUUGAGUUCGCGCUGACGGCGGUGGCCGAGGAGGUGAACGCCAUCCUCAAGGCCCUUCCCCAGUGAGCGGCACAUCCCCCUGGAGCCUCAGGGGUGCCCCCAUUCCGUGACUGACGUUGGGAAUCAUGAUGUGACUUCCAUUGUGUGUCUUCUGUUGUAACUGCCUAGUCAUAGGGUCCCUAAAUCUCCUGUAGGUAGUCAGUACAGUUUAGCAGUUAAAAUGUGUAUUUUUCUUUAACCAAACAAAAAUAAAGAGAGACUUGUGGAAACAUCCAGGUAUGGGAGGAGGGAAAUCGGUUCAUCUAUUUUCACUUUCUUAAACAAAAAUUACUUUUUCUUAAAGCACACAUUCACAUUCUUAAUGGCAAGUAAUGUCGUAUUAAUGAUGCAGUAAUUAGUAUAUUCAGCACGGUCUCCAGGAAGAGUUUGCUUAUAAUCUGUAACUUACCAGAGGAUGGAUUAGUUGUGCCGGGAACGGGCCCAGGGAAAGCUGGUUAGGCACUACAUGAAGGCCACCAGGUGUACAAGCCACAUUUGGCAUUUGUCUUUAAGAUGAUUUAUCAUCUUAAAACCACUAGGACAGAACUGUUCAUAUUCUGCAGCUUUGGAGCAAAUAAUUUUUUUAAAAAUCAUUGCAGCAUCUCUGUCUGGUUUUAUCAGUACUCUGCCCUGAGCACCACGGACAGCUCAUGUCAAUCACACACAUCACCCCAAGGAAGGACACAGGGACUCCCCCAGCCCCAUGGGUAGUACCUGCUUCUAAGGCCAGGAGCCUCCCCUGACCUCUCACCCUUGCAAAGUUGUAGAUGUGCUCCAAUCUUGAGACAUAUUUUUUACCAAAUUGUAAAAUAUUGACUUUUACAUUGCAAAAACAGAUACUCCCUAGUGAAUGAAUACUUUCCUAUGAGAUAACCCAAAUCAGGAAGAACAAAUCUGGGCAUUUAUCAAGCUCUGAGGGUUUCCAAGAGCACACAGCACAUCAGGCACCUGUGGUCUUCAGAAAAUGCCCCAGGCCCUGCCAGCACCCCAGGAGAAGGCUGUGAGUACUUUCCUUCCUGAAAAGGAGGAAACGCAGGGAGACCGCUUGUUUUGCGUUACCUAUGUCAGAUCAUAGACCUGGAAUGAAGGCGAGAGAUGCACUUGUCUUGACGUCAUGUAAACAGAAGCACACCAAUUGCCAAAAAUAGCAUUUGCGCAUCAGAUCCUUCAUCGCCCCCAGAAGUAGGAGAGUGCACUUCCUAACGCUCAGAUUGAUGACAUCAAAGAUGGCAUGGAGGUAUCAGUACGCUGCGAAUUUCAUGGGUGGAGUGAAGCACAAAAGGGCGCCUCCAUCCUGCUGUGUCCCACCUUAUUACUUCUAUCUUAAAUAGAUCUUACACGUCAAAAAGCAGCAUAACAGGGAAAGUGGCCUACUAAACAGAAAGAUGCCAAAAUAUUGUUGAUGUCUUUAAGUGGUAUUGUAAUAUAGAUCUGCUUUAAUGUAUCAUUUCUCUUCCAAAAUUAUUUCUCUCUAUCUGGAAAUGAAAUAAUGAAUAUAAAUGAAUUUAUCUGAAUAUAGGAAACAUAUACUUACUUGUAAUUUCUAACUUCUUAUGUUUCAAAAGAAAUCCUCCAGUGUGAGAUAUAUAGAUAUAUUUAAUGGUGUCAUAUUAAACUUCUGAUUUCACA